AUGACGACCCAAGUUACGCCGUCAAAGCAGGCGGCUGCAAGCCUCGAGAGUCUCAAGGUCAAGGACAGUCCUGUCAAGAAGCUCAACUUCAAUGUUGAGGACAAGGAAAACAUGCCUGUUCCCUUCGAGUCCACCGUGCCUACCGAGUCCACGGUCAAACCCGAGUUAGAGGUCGAGAAAAAGUCUGCUCCAGAGGCACAAGAGAAAAAUGAGCAAGCCCAGGUCCCCAAGACCCUCAAAGAGCUCGAAGCUGAGGAGCCACUGCUACAAGAGAACGCUCAUCGCUUCGUUCUCUUUCCUCUGAAGUAUCAUGAGAUAUGGAAUAUGUAUAAGCGUGCAGAGGCCAGCUUCUGGACAGCGGAAGAAGUUGAUCUCUCCAAAGACCUUCACGAUUGGCACAAUCGCCUAAACAACGACGAACGCUACUUCAUCUCUCACGUCCUUGCUUUCUUUGCUGCCUCCGACGGCAUUGUCAACGAGAACCUACUUGAGCGCUUCAGUGCCGAAGUGCAAGUACCGGAAGCCCGUUGCUUUUACGGGUUUCAAGUUAUGAUGGAGAACAUCCACUCGGAGAUGUACAGCCUUCUCAUUGACACCUAUGUCAAAGAUCCCAAGGAGAAGACAUACUUGUUUGACGCCAUCGACACGAUCCCUUGCAUUCGUAAGAAAGCCGACUGGGCUUUGCGAUGGAUCUCAGACAAAGAGUCGAGCUUUGCCCAACGACUCGUGGCUUUCGCAGCGGUCGAGGGCAUCUUCUUCUCUGGGUCCUUCGCAUCAAUCUUCUGGCUGAAGAGCAAGGGUCUCAUGCCCGGCCUCACCUUCUCCAACGAGCUCAUCUCUCGUGACGAGGGUAUGCACACCGACUUCGCAUGCCUGCUGAUGCAACAUCUGCAGCACAAGCCCGACCCACAACUCAUCGAAAAUAUUAUAGUCGAGGCCGUCGGUAUUGAGAAGGAGUUCCUUACCGAUGCCCUCCCCGUCGCGCUGCUGGGCAUGAAUUCGAAGCUCAUGUGUCAGUACAUUGAGUUUGUCGCUGACCGGCUGCUCCUUGCUCUGGGCAACAAGCGAUACUACAAUGCGCAGAAUCCGUUCCCAUUCAUGGAGAACAUCUCACUCGCCGGCAAGACCAACUUCUUCGAGAAGCGCGUCGGUGACUAUCAAAAGAGUGGUGUGAUGACUUCAGCCAACAAGAAGUCCGAAGAGAAGUCCACGUCGCCCAAGGAGGAGAAGACGCAGGGCGAGAGCAACGGCAUCAGCUUUGACGAAGACUUUUAG